AUUUUUAAAAUAAUAGAUAUAAGCAUGGGACACUGAAUCUGAUCAACCCUAUUUUUGGGGUUAUAUGAUGGUCAUAUUUUUAAUUUAAUAGUGCUUUUUAAUAUUUAAUGUGAGAGGAUAAAAUAGUAAAUUUAUAAUUAUUUUAUAUUAUUAUUUUUAAUAGGGGGCUAUAAUGAGUAAAAUGAGGGCUAUGAAUAGAAUCACCCCUACACUCCAUUUGCAAAAUAAAAGUUCUAAUUCAUUUCAUUCAUAGUUGCAGAAAUAAGAGAUACAUAUAUAGAGCUAUAGUUUCUUCUUAGCUAUCAACUAUGCAUUUCUUAAACAUAAUUGGCUAAUUGGUGAUGAAUUCGGGCUACUCACGUGAGUGACACUAAUCAUUUGGGCUGGAGUAGUAAUUGGGCCGGGGUCAGGAGGUCAGUGGGCUGUGCGUAUCGAAGUUUCAUUUCUUAAGUAGUCAAUUUUUUCGUUUUCAUCUAAUUAGGCCCUCGAAAUAUCACGUAAUUAAUUUUGGUUUGUCAUUAAUUUCUUCAUUUUAUACAUAUAUUCUAACUAUUUAUUAAAAGCUGUGUGCCGACACUUUUGGUGUACCGACAAAGGAUUUAAUAUGUAUUGACUAUUGGUGAAGGGUGGUUGUACCCACCGGCUCUACAAUUACGACCACAUGCAUGCUCCUUAUCUUUUUUCCUUCACUAAUUUGAGCUAAAGAAAUCUGAGCUACCCUCAAAUUGUUGCAGGCAAUGGUAGAAGCAGUGGUGUCGACUGCUCUAGGAACCUUGCGCGAUUUGUUGUUGGAAGAAUCAAGGUUUUUAUAUGGUGUGGGCGAUGAAGUGAAGGAGCUCGAACUCCAGCUCAAAGAGAUGAAGUGUCUCCUUGAAGAUGCCGACAGAAGACGACAUGAAAGCAAAACCAUUUUCAAUUGGAUCUCAGAGAUCAGAGAUCUUGUGUACAGAGCAGAAGCUGCCAUUGAAAGACACACAGCUUAUCAAGUGUGUUCAAGGAGAAGACGAGGCCUCACACAGCUCGUCCACAGAUGUUCGUGUAGUUUGGAAGAAUACAAGUCGAUCCGCCAAUUAGGCUCGGAGAUUUCACCAAUCAAAUCCCGUCUUGAAAGGAUAAACAAGGAAAUGUUAGAAAGUGGCAUAAAGAAGAGCAUCAUCAACAAUGCAAAUGGUGGAGAAAGCUCGGCUGCCGGCGACAACAAUUGGUCGCGGAAAACCUUUCCCGAUUUUGAGAUCGGAGAGUGUUUCGUGGGCAUGGAGGAAGAGCUGAAGCAGCUUGAAUCUCUGCUAGUCGAGGACAAAGAGCAUCGAGUUAUUUCAGUAUGGGGCAUGGGAGGGUCGGGCAAGACCACCAUUGCUAGAAAGGUAUACAACCACAUCAAACACACCAAAAACGGUAGCUUUGAGUCUUUCGCGUGGGUUUGUAUUUCUCAACAGUGUCAGAACAGAUCGGUUUUGGAGGAUAUUCUGAGUCAGCUAAGAACAGAGAAGGUUAAUGAGAAUGAUGUGAGUGACACGGCGUUGAUUAGGCAAUUAGGCGAGAUACAAAGAGAGAAGAGAUGCCUGAUUGUUGUGGACGAUCUUUGGAAGAUGUCUCACUGGGAUGGCUUAAAGCAUGCCUUUCUUGUCCUUGAUUUACAGAGCAAAAUCUUGAUCACCACACGCGAACAGGAAGUUGCAGAGAUUGGAUGCCCAGUAAAACUUGGGCUUCUAAGUAUGGAAGAUGCUUUGGAACUACUCAAGAAGAAAGCAUUUGCCCAGACAAACAUUCCAGAGUUUGCAUUGGAAGAAAAUUUUGAGAAAAUUGGGGAAAAAAUGGUGAAGAAAUGUGGUUGUUUGCCGUUGGUAAUUUCUUUACUUGGUGGGGUCUUGAGAAUGAAAAAUUCGAUGAAGGAGUGGGAGUUAGUAAAUGAUGAUAUCAAAAAAUACAUAUAUAGAGAUGAAAAGGAGAUUAAUGGAGUGCUACAGUUAAGCUAUGAAAGUCUACCCUAUUAUUUGAAGCCUUGCUUUCUCUAUCUGGGUUUAUUCAAAGAGGAUCAAAAUAUAGAUGUUGAGGAUCUAUAUCUGAUGUGGAUAGCACAAGGCAUGAUUUCAUAUGAGAAUAUUCGAGACAAGGACACAACUUUGAUGGAAGUCGCGGCGCUCUACUUGGGUGAGUUGGCCUCCAGGUCCAUCGUACAAGUUCAAAUUAAUGAUGGUUCCCCACCCGGAGGAAAAUAUAGGAGCUGCAAACUUCAUGAUGUAGUAAGAGAACUAUGUUUAAAAUUGGGGGAAAAGGAGAAUUUUGGUGUCCUGAGUUUGGAUUAUCAAAAGGGGAAACUUAGUACCUUACUACAACAUAUGAAAAUACGACAUUUGGCUAUCUAUUUCAGUACAAGAGAAGUCGAACUGGAACCCGACAAGUUUCUAACAAUCAUUUGUGGAGAAGAUAGUAGCAAACACUUACGGUCUCUUCAAAUGUUUAAUCACAUUUACUCUAAUGAGUUUCCCCCACAUAAUAUUGUUGAUUUUCAGAAAUUCAAAUUGCUCAGAGAUCUGGUUUUGUUUGGAUACAAAUUUGCAGGAAGAAAGUUACCGAAAGGAAUCACUAAUCUUGUUCACCUUAGACGUUUGGCUUUACGAAGAUGUCAAUUUGAUAAGCUACCAUCGUCCAUAAGGAAUUUGGUAUACAUGGAUACCCUUGAUUUAUGUGGUUCGAUGAAUGUUGGAGUUCCAAAUGUUUUUAAGGAGAUGCUUCGUAUAAAACACUUGUCUUUUCCUUAUUAUGACAAGGAAAAAAUUGGAAAUUUUCGAGUAAGAUUGGACGAGGGGGUAGCUGAGUUGGAGAGUUUGAUCGAGUUCAAUAGUAAAGUGCAUGAAUCAAAAUGUGUGGACAGAAUGAAGAAUCUGCGACAUUUUGAAGCACACAUAUACGACAAUGAAAGCUUGUCAACCAUAAUAGACGCCAUUGCUAUCAUGGACAAGUUAGUGUUUUGUUGGGUUGAAAUUAGUAUGGGUUGCGAGUUAGGAACAAAUGAGAGAGUAUUGGAGAAGGCAUUCACUUGUCCCAAUCUUCAUGAGUUGUGGAUUAAUGUUAAGUUAGGGAAGGCGCUACCAGAGUGCGGGAGUGACUUCAUGAGUUCGAAACUUACGAGUUUGGACCUGUAUGAAAGUGAGAUUGAGGAUGAUCCAAUGGGGAUACUGGGGAAGCUUCCUUGCUUGAGAGAAUUGAAGUUAGGGAGGAAAUCAUUUGUGGGGGAGGAGAUGACGUGUCCAUCAAACAGUUUUCCUCGCCUCAAGAAUCUUGUGCUCUGUGAAUUACCAAAGUUGAGGGAGUGGAGAGUGGAGGCAAGAGCCAUGCCCCUACUCUCUCAUGUAUGGAUUUCUUAUUGUUCUAAUUUGGAGAUGAUUCCAGAUGGAUUGAGUGUCAUUUCUACUCUUCGGGAACUGAAGAUCUAUGGAAUGCCAGAAAUGGGGAAUAGGGUAUUGGCAUCGGGAGAGGAUUUCCACAAAGUCACCCAUGUCCCUAAAAUUAUCAUCCGAAACUUUUAAUCUUAAGUCUCCACCCACCAUAUAUAUAGAGGUAAGUUGGUAUCUCAGUUCUCGCAUUUGUCAAUUUUAGUUUUUAAUCCCUUAAUUUCACCAUAUUUAACCUUGUAAUUACCAAACUGGCAGAAAACAUUCAUUCCAAUAUAACCUCUAAGCUCCCAAAAUAAAAUGUUACCAACCCA